AAAAUCUCACUAGCGAAUUAAUUUUUUUUUACGAUGAGAUGCAACUCAGCAGCAGCAACAAGUUAGUCUAGUGAAGGUUAUAUAAACUGAUUCAGGGAGAGAAAUAUAUAUAGUAGAAGUAUAAGUAUAAUAACUAUAAUGCCAUUAGCUCACAAUCUUAAUAAGGUCACCAAGAACCUUUCUAAAUCUACUGCAUCAAUACAUAUUAAGGGAAGAAAAUUUAAACAAUUGAAUAGAGCUACACUUAGAGAUAAGAAGAUUACCGAGAAGAAACAGAAAUCUUUAGAACAAAAGACUAAUGAAUUGGCUAUAUUAUUCUUCUUACAAAAGCUUAUAAAGGAACAAUUUAAAGCUGCCGAAGUAUUCACCCUUGUGGAAAUGCAAUCAUUUAUUGAAUUAUUCAUUGGAAGAUUCGAUGAUGAAUUAGCCCAAUUAAGAAAAGAUAGAAGACCUGGUAGACCACAAACCAGUAGACAACAAAUUCUCGAAGAAAAAGUUAAACAUGAAGAACAUAUAUAUCAUACUGGAUAUAAAAUACCCAAUUUAACUGAUAAAGAUACUGUAGAAAAAUUAAGAGUUUGGAAUGGGACAACUGGUGCCACUACGGGGAUGAAAUUUGUACUUAUUACAAAACAAACAAAACAGUUACCUACUAAGGAUGAAGAAAUGAGUUAGAAUUACAAUAUAUAGAAUACAAUUAUAUAAUAAUAAUGAAUAUUUUAUUAACUUAAACAAUAACUAACUAAACUAAUAGAAUCAAUAAUAUGAGAGUAAACUAA